AAGUGUUUUGGUGUUGGAGUUGCGUUCCAGUUGAUCCUCUUAUCCGCACUCCGCAGAAUGCUUUCGGUGGCAGUUUCUUCUUCUCUCUCUUCCUCCCUCUUCCAUUCCCCUUCACUUCUCAGUCUCAACACUCAUCGGCGCCCUUUCACUUUCACUUUUACUUCUCCACCUACUCCACGGGGUCUUCAUUCUGUUUGCUUCUUCAACGCACCUAACAAACCCGAUACCAAUUGGCCUCUUCUCACCCGAUGGGAGGUACCUUGGGAAUGGCAAACCGUUACACUAACCUCUCUUGCUUGUGGAUUAGGUUUUGUUUUGACAGGUUUGGUUGAGGCCACAGCUCUUCCAUAUCUGGGAAUUCGACCUGAGGUGCUUAGCAUGGAUGAGAAAGCAGAGUUACUCUUUUUAGAUCAGGGCAUCACAACUGCUGUUGUACUCGGAAUUAUAUAUGCCAUUGCCAGCAAUUUCCAGCCACUCCCUCAAGACUUCUUCAAAUAUGAUUUGAGGGACCCUUUCAGUCUUCAAAAGGGUUGGCUUUUGUGGGCGGGAAUCGGACUUGUAGGUGCCAUAGCUUCCAUUGCAUUGACAGGAGUAGCUGUCUCAUUCUUUAAUGGAGAACCCCCACAAAGAGAGACUGAUGCUCUUGUAAAAUUACUCCCGUUAAUUGGAUCUUCAAAUGUCAGCACUGCAUGCUUGGUGGGCAUCACUGGUGUUCUUGCACCUGUUCUUGAGGAGACACUAUUUCGAGGCUUUUUAAUGGCCUCCAUGACUAAGUGGGUUCCUACACCGGUUGCCAUCAUCAUUAGUGCUGCUGUCUUUGCCCUUGCCCAUCUCACUCCUGGGGAAUUUCCGCAGUUGUUUGUUCUAGGGGCUGCUUUGGGGAUUUCAUAUGCUCAAACUCGCAACCUUCUCACUCCCAUCACCAUCCAUGCUUUCUGGAACUCAGGAGUUAUAUUACUUCUUACUUUUCUGCUGCUUCAAGGUUAUGAUAUCAAAGAAUUGUUGCAGACAAGUUGACAGGAACAGUUUCUCUCCUUUUCAUAGAUGUGGAGCAUGUUCAGUACACAGAAUAAUAUAUAUCCAUUUCUUUGUAAAACUAUGCUGUGGAAUACAAGUAAAACUUUCUUGGUUCUAGCAUUGAAGAAGUAGAAAAAAUCUGUACUUUUGUACAAGUUUUUGAUUAAGAAGGGUUCGUGUUA